CCGAGCGGGCCGGGCCGGGCGCGGGCGGCCCGCGGAGCCGGGAGCGGAGCGGGCGCGGAGGCGGCGGGCAAGCUACUUGAUUAACAAAAUGAAGCCAGCUAAGCUGCACUAUUGGAUUCUGGGUUGUUUUUCUAUGGCGUUGUGUUGUGGGUGUGCUUCAGAUAAAUUCCUUCUAAGUGACAGUCACCCCCAUAGCUGGGAAAAGCUGUAUCUUGCUCAUCAUUGGCCAGUGACUGUAUGCAAGAUGAAUGCUAAUGAUUGUCAAGACCCUCCAGAGUACUGGACAAUCCAUGGUCUAUGGCCUAAAAAUGCUGAAGAAUGUAAUAGGACAUGGCACUUCAAUGUCACUGAGAUUAAGGAUCUUUUGUCAGACAUGAGACACUAUUGGCCUGAUGUGCUUCAUUCGUCUCUGAAUCGCACUCAGUUCUGGAAACAUGAGUGGGAGAAGCAUGGAACUUGUGCAGCCACACUUCAGAUCCUUAAUUCUCAGAAGAAGUAUUUUGGUAAAGCCUUGGAACUCUACCACCACAUUGAUCUUAACAGUUGUCUCUUGAAAGCUGGGAUAAAGCCAGGCAGUACGUAUUACCAGAUGACUGCCAUAAAAGAAGCUCUCACAAGUUUUUAUGGUGUAACACAAAAGAUCCAAUGUCUUCCUCCAGAAGAGGGUGAAAAAGCGCAAACAAUUGGCCAAAUUGAAUUCUGCUUCACCAAAAAAUUGGAGCUGAGAAACUGCACAGAACCGAAGGGUGGAUCCGAGCGGACGCAGGCUGACUUACAGCUUGGAACGGGGGAGUUGUCUGUCUGCAGUGAUGCUCUCCCUACCUACUACCCUUUGCAGGUCUGAGGUCACAAAUGAAACCAGAAGAGCUUGAAAAACUUUUUAAACAAAAGCCCUUUAAGCAUUAUACCUUAGAAAGUGGUCUUGACUUAGCAAUAUUACCAAAACCUGUUCGGCAUGCUAUGAGGAUUUCUACUGGAGGCAGAAUAUGCUCCUUUUCCUGUUAAAGGAGAAGAUCCACAUUGUAUUAUCAGCUACAGUAGGCUGAAGUCUUGAAUUAUUGUUCUGGUAUUGAUGGAGUUGGAAUCUGAUUUACAGUUUAAUCAGUGUUCAAAAGAGAACUAGGACUUCUUAGUUUCAUUUGGAGUUAAGUCUGCCACAUUAGCCACUUUUUUUUUCUAUUUUUUGCCAGUGUACCAGGGGGAUUAAGUCAUCCUUUGUUCUGAAAGGAUGCUCUCUCAGGUGACAUGACAAUUUAUUGGGAAAAAAAUAUUGUUAUACAGAAGAACUUCAAGACCUUCCUGGAAGUCCUUUUCCAAACCAAAUACCCACUGCUUGCUGUAAAAUUGCUCUCCAGAAGUACUGAACAGAGGACAUGUCCUCCAAGGCAUUAAACCUUUUCUUACUCAGAGGUCACUGAGGACCGAAGAUGACAACUUUUGCACAGCUUCUUACUGAAUGAAAUAACAUUCACCAGCUUUUAGCACCUCUGGUUAUGGGUGCCUUUCUCAGGACCCCAAGAAGCUUUUUAUUUGCAGGCUCUCCUAUCUGUAGACUUGAAUUUGUCUCAGUAACUCCAUACACUCAUAAAGAACUACCAAUCUUACAACUUAUAUGCUAGUAUAGGAAAAUAAUGUUAUGCCAUAGAAACAUGGUGUUUAGUCUUAAUUUUUCAUCCCAUUUGAGCAUUUAGCAUUUCUACGUGGGUAUGAGUGUCUGAAACUCAUUUAAAAAUACAAGAUUUUCACAUAAUCGCUUGGUUCCAAGAAACAGCUUUUUUAUAAGAAAAACAGUAAAUGCUGUGCAAUUUUCAGUGAAAAGAAGAAAUGUUGGCAAUAGUGUAUCUCUAUGCAAUAAUAAUAAUGUGCAGCAAAGCUAGAAGUUUCUAGAUAGGACCAAAUUUGGAUAACAUCCACUAUGCAAAGCUGUGUUGAUGCAAGUGUCCCAAUUGUGUCUCAAAGAAAUUGUGGCUCAAGGAACCAUCUGUUAGAAAAAUAUUACUUGAAAAACACAAAAUGCAGUGUUAGAAACAAAAAUUACUAUAUUGUCUUGCUUUUAGAAACCAUUCAUAUAUACCCAUUUUCUGUGCCGCUCUCUCUGUACCACUAUUCAUUUAAGGCUCUGGUACGUUGCCAUUCCAGAAUGCUGUCAGGUUUUGAGAAACCCAGAGAUCUUUCUUAAAAAAAAAAAAAAAAGAAAAAAAGAAAAAGAAAGAAAGAAAGGAAAGGAACUACAGUAAAGGAAUGUGUUCUGCACUCAGUUGUACCUUUCAGGGGAGCAAGUGCUUCUCUUUUUAAAUUUAUCUUCCCUCCUAAGAGGGGGAAUAUACUAACAUAAUGUAUUUUUAAAGUAUGCUAUAUAGCCUUUAAAAUCAACUCAGUUCUUAGGAAUAUCUUGUUCUUCCCCCUCUGCCGUUCGGGUCUUAUUGGAAGUAUUUGAAAUUGAUCUUACCAGUCACAAAUGGAGAAUUUUGAAGGGAAAAGCCUGAGAAUGUAACAUGUGGUACCUGGCAUGUAUAGCAGUGAAUUCACCGCUACUUUAAGUAGGCUUGUAUUUUGGGGUGAACUGGCUUCAAGUGCUGUUUGUUUAUAUUCAAUCGGAGUAGUGUUUUCAAGUGACUUCCGGAUGGUAAGGCUGCAUUUCCCCGUUAAAUCUUUUUUUCGAAGUGUAACAGGCUGACUCAUGCUGUUGACCCUGUCUGUAGCACCUCCGCUGAGCUCACUGGGAGCUCUGUGUGUAUCCUGAGCACACGCAGUCGAAUCAAAGACCAGAAAUAAUCUCUUGCUUAUCAGUAUUGUUUUGGAUAUGUUUCAGGGAGAGGCAGUGAAACCAGAAAAAUAUGUUGCCUUUUGGAAAUGUUGUGAUGAUUCAAUAGUUUCUCCAGUGUUAAUUUUAAUAAUCAUGUGUAAUGUUCUAAUAAUAAAAGGGGAACUUUCUAAAAUUU